UUUAGUAUCGUGUCGACUCUCGAGUCAACGUAGUCUUCCUUUUUUCGUAGCGAAGUAAUAGUACAGAAGAUCGCGAAGAAACACACACCGUAGGUCGAACGCUCGUUGGAUAUGUUACACAGGAACUUUCGAGUAUCGAAAUCGAUGUAAAAGACAUCGAUAUCGUACGGAGUAACUAGAGUGAUCGACGUUUAACAGACAGUUCGAGGGGAAGGAUUGUUGUUUUCUGUGUGUGACGGAUUGUUUUUGUGAGUUUCGUUGAACGAUGGAGACCAAAAUGGAACCGUUGACACCGCCGCAUACACCGCCCACGUUGGACAGAUCGAUGCACCAGCAGCAACAGUUGCAAAUCACAUCGCCCAGGUGGAUCAGGUCUCAGCAACUGAGCGCACGAUUCGGACAACAACAUUCGACGGGACAGAGCUACCAGGCAGCGUUUCUCGAUAAUUGGCUGAGAGGUGCCGCGCUACUGGCUGUCAGGGGUUGUUGCCCGCAGACUCCGUCUCCUCAUUCUUAUCAUCAACAAGGUCAUCAGGGCGUACAUCCAGCGCUUCCGGUACCGCCUCCCGCUUCGUUCCUUGCGAGAAGGUUGCCCGGUCAAAGACCGAAGAAGCAGUUUAUUUGCAAAUUCUGCAACAGACAGUUCACCAAGAGCUACAAUCUGCUGAUUCACGAGAGAACUCACACGGACGAGAGACCGUACUCUUGUGACAUCUGUGGGAAAGCCUUUCGCAGGCAGGAUCAUCUGAGAGAUCAUCGAUAUAUCCAUAGCAAGGAGAAACCCUUCAAGUGCAGCGAAUGCGGAAAAGGAUUUUGUCAGAGUAGAACUCUGGCUGUUCACAAGAUUCUGCACAUGGAGGAAUCGCCACACAAAUGUCCAGUUUGCGCGAGAAGCUUCAACCAAAGAAGCAACCUGAAAACGCAUCUUCUCACGCACACGGACGUGCCGCAAGAUUUGAGAGUCGAAACUCCGGUCGCAUCGGAAUCGAAGAUCGACUCUUCCGCGAGCGUUAGACAAAUGGCGGAAAGGGUGACCAACCUGAUCCCGAUUCAAAGGACCAGCACCACCGCUCCUAAAUUAGGUUUUAGUAUAGAAGAUAUUAUGAGGCGUUAAAUUGUCUGCUCUUUCGAUUCCUUUUAUGUUUUUUUUUUUAAUCGCCGAUCUUAUUUUUUCGCGAAAUGUACAACGUGUUUCGUUCGGACUUCGGUAUAAAAUUUCCUAUUAUUACUGAAAUGUAGUUUCAGUUAUCACAAGUAUCGUGACAUCGAAUAUAAUUAAUCGCAAGAAGGCUAAAUUAUAUAUUUUCGCCAUGAUCGAUCACGAUUCCCGGUCGAAACACGUUCGUUACAAGUGUAUUUGUACGUCGCGUUGUAAAUAUAGUUUCUGCGCUUAAGUUAUUUAAUUAGAUUUCGUAUGUGUUGCGAAGGGGAAAGAACGGCCGAAGCUUAUCCUUCUUUCUCCAGUUACCUGUAAAUAAGGGUGUACCUAUAUUUAACUGUAAAAUAGUAGCUAAUUGCUCGAAGGCAUAUGUAUCGCGAUUAGACAUAUUAUCCACUACUAAUUAUAGUUUAUACCUUUACUUAUUUAUUAUUUGCGAUGACGAGUAUUUGGAAAACAUGUAACAGUUCAACUGUAACAUUUCCUUUGUAACUUUAACCGCAUGUAAUUACGUUGCGAAUAGUAUACCUGGUAGAUUCUAUCUUUGUUUCUACCUUUCAGGAUUAUACAAACUUUACGCUUAACCAAAGAUCGAUCGAACACUCGACGAAUAAAUGCACGUUUCUAUACGUUUUCAUACCGAGUGUGUCUAAUGUUACUCGAAACGGGAUUUUAAAAACGGGAUUGAAAAAAUUAAUCACACGCGAUAAGAUAGCUCGGAGAAAUGGAAAUCCUAACCGUUAGAACGGCCAGUGAAACGUACGUAUGUUUUCAGGUCGUGAAUAAGGAGGCGUCGGUGGUAUAUCUCUGGAGGCGUCAAAGUAAUUGGUUACUGCAAGGGCAGACAAGAAUCUGUCCCAGGAAGCCGCAAGGUGUUCUUCCUCUAUCCAGACGUAAAUCGAGUUUCCUGACCUGUGUGUAUACCCUUCGUGCCACUGCCCCUAUUUUCCUCUCCUAAAAUUAGGAAUUCUCGAUCAGAUAAACCGAAAGGGACACAUCCCGGUAGUUGCCUGCGCACCACCUUUCUUCUCACCAUUGCCCUGUAAAUAGUCCCAAAGAUCGCUGCCCCCUCUUCACCUCUGUGUCUGCUUCUUCGCCGUUCUCUCGUUUAAUCUAGGAAAGAAAAAGACGCCCGUCCCGCUUCUCGCCCUCUGGACCACCCACGUCUUCUACAUACUCGUAUAGUUUAUAUACCUGACACGAUCGCGACACGGUUGUCGCGAUACAUAUUCCUUCGGGCCUCUUACCUAAUGGCUGCGAAGCUCCCUCGCCGGUGAUUCCAACGCGUUACCAUUAAUUUAACACCGUUGUAAAUAAACUCGAGCAAGGGUUGCGUCAGAAAUUUUUGGUUUUUCAAAUCUGCCCACGAAUUUGUACGGUGCGAGCGAACGAGUUACAAGUUACGAGUUAGUUGAUCCAAGACAUACCAGACAUUUUCGUAGGUGUCCAAGAUUUUAGAGAAAUUGCGAGAGUAGCGGAAGUGUUUAAUGGACGUUGAAGUACUCUUUUAAUUAACGAUUUGCGAUAAAGUACAAGAUCGUAUCUGUGAAUGACGGUACUUGAAGUAACUCCAACGCGAAACGGUGUAGAGAGAGUGAAUCGAUUAUUAUUCUCGUUGAAAUUACUUUCGUAGUUGUAAUUUUGCCUAUUAUUAUUAUUUUCUUUUUUUUUUUAUAUAUAUCUUCCCUUCUCCUCAAUGCGUAACGAUACUGUCGGUGUUCCGAUUUCGGUAAUCGAAACGUUCGGAUAUUGCGAGUGGAUGAGUGUGCUAGCGCGUAGUUAUACCAAAAAAUAAAUAGAAGGAUACUGUCGCCCUAGUCUAUUCUAAUGUAUAUUUAAAUAUUAUUGUUAUCGAUUGAAAAUAGAGAUCAAUUGAAACAAAAUGGCAAUCUGAUAUUUUAAUUACUCGUUAUUCCGUUGCGUCCUAUUUUUUCUUUUUACAUAUUUUAUAUACUACGAUAUAUUUAAUGAGUUUAAUUUGUACAAAAGUCAUUAAUACGUUCCUUUGAUCCAGCGUUAUCGAUACAAAACGUUAAUUCGCUAAAGUUGUGUGUGCCUCGCACCAGCGAAGCAUGUAAUAGCGUAUUUAUAUAUAAAGAACGAAUCGUAUCACUUUAUCAUUUUCUCAAGUACACGUUCUACAAAAUACUAUUUUAUUCGGAACCCGUACAUUAUCGAUACCGAGCAAUUUCUGCAAAAAAAUUUCAUUGUACCGCGUAUACUUGAAAAAUAAUUGCAAGUAAUAAAGUUAAGCCACUAUAUGCUAUAUACUAUGCCAGAAUAUAGAUGUAGAUAUAGAAUAUUACUCUGUCACAAAGAAUAAGAUAACUCGUUUAUCUUCGUAUAAUUUACAUUGACAGAUUAACGUAACGAUUUUUCGAAAACGUCAACGUUUUCAAAUUUUUUCCAUAGUUAUAAUAAAAUGGCAAUCGCGCGUGUGCCACCAUACGCUUUUUCAAUUUUCUGGCCGAGAAUUUAGCAAAAGAAGGAGGAACGGCACAUCCUCUGUCCACUCACUGUGUACAUUGUCGACCUUCUCACAUUCUCCACUUGUCGAAAUAUCACGUUUUCCCAACAACUGUCGGCAGUUAACCUGCUUGCUUGGCAGUUAGUCUUGUUUAACUUUAAUUAAUUCUCGCACCCCUCCGGGACAGUAAAGUAUACCUAAUGAAAAAUCGAGUAAACAGUCCCAACUGACCUACAUACAUGUUUCUCGAUCAUCGCGAUAACUUUGAGUCAUUGUGUGCGAUCGGUCUUCUCUUUUUCGACCGGAUUAAUUAAUAUUUUCGGUGUCAAUUUCCUUCUUCUAGGGACAUAUAAUAGAUACAAUCGGGAGGGCGCAUUUACGGCUUAUAUAAAUCGAGGGACCGCGUUGUUGGGGAAUAAAGGUAAAGAUAGAAAGAAAAUAUGCUUGUGUUAUAAGAAACUUGAUCUCGGUUUUCUCCUUCUCAAG